AUGCGCCGCUUGCAGGAUCUCGUCGAUCGUGCCACCGGCCUCGACGCAGACGACUUUGACGAUGACGAUGCGGUGCCGAGGACGAUGCAGGUGAGGAAGUCGGACCACCACCACCGACAUAAGAAUAAGUCGAAGAAGAUGACGGAGGCUGCCGCCUCACCGGCCCCCAUCCCGACAACGUCUGCCGCACCACAGGUGCCAGGGACUGACAUCCUCGCUGGCCCUCCUGCGCUCUCGUCGAGUACAUCAGAGCGACCCAAGAAGAGCAAGAUGGAUGCGAGCAAGGCAGCAACCUCUGCUCCAGCACCGCCGCCGGCGACCAGCGCCACGACGGACGACUGGGAGGAGGUGAGCGAAGAUGAGGAGCACGCCAACAGCGGCACGGCAAGGCGGAGCGCCAAGAAAGCGCAGAUGGAAGACGCGGCGGCCCGUGCGGAGGAGACCGCUGCCGCCGCCGCCGCCGAAGACGCUAAAAAGCGGCGGACGGCGGAGAGGAGGAAGUCGCGGCGGCAGCAGCAGCGACAGCGGCAGGCGGAGGAGGAGGCGCUGCUGGAUGCCGUGUUGGCGCGGCGUCAAAAUGAGCAGGUCGACCCUGCUAGCAGCAGUCACGUGGGCAGCCCUGUAGCGGAGCAUCACCCCGCUGGUGGGUCGGUGCUGAUCGCGGCAUCUUCAGCAGGAACGGGCCCGUCAACGGGCGGUGCGGUGGCAGGAGGCGGUGCUGGCGAGAUCUCGUUUCUUCAACUCUUGAUGGCCUGCGAUGUCAAUCAGCUCGACACGCGUCUGGAGCGGAUUCGCGUGUUUGGCGCAGAGGCAGUCGAGGACGUCGGCGACGGUCGCACGCCGCACCGCCGCGCUGACGGCCGCGUGCGGGACACCGGCAGCGUGUCCUUCUUCCCCGCACAUCACAUGUCGGUGAAGUUUGUUCACAGUGCCUUCGCAACGCCUAACCGCUAUCGCUGGAUCCCGUACGACUCCCUCGGCAUUUUCCUCACCACCGAAGAGGCGCACGACGUGUGGGGCCAGGCGUGGCGCGCCUACCUCCUCGUCUGCUCCUCCAACGCCUUUCAGCGCGCGCAGGCGUCGCUGGAGGCGUGCCAGGAACGCUUGGGCGGCGUGCAGGACCUCGUCGACUGCCUUGCGCGAAACCGCGUCUAUCACAUUCCGACGCUGCUGCAGUGCGUGUACGCGAUGGAGGCUACCGGGGAGAGCGCCUUUGCGAUGGAGCUGCUGGAUGUGGCGCUGUACCAAGUCGGCGUCGUGCUGCGCCGCUUUUCUCUCUCGGGAACGUGGGUAUCGCGGCAGCUGCCAUGCCACCGCAGCGCCAACACACUCAUAUUUCAAGUGCUGCAGCGCGGCGUGCAUGCGGCACUGAAGCGCGGCUGCCUGCGCACCGCCUACGAGCGCACUCGCUGCCUUCUCUCCCUCGACCCAGACGACCCGUGCGGCAUGCUGUUACUGCUCGACUACACUGCGCUGCGAGCAAAGCGGUGGGUGUGGCUGCUGGAGGUGCGCCACCGCGCCCUUGCGGUGCGUGCGGCACGCAGGCAGCCUCGCUGCGGUGCUGCCGCCGACUCUGAGGAGGCGGAUGUGAAGGAGGCGCUGGCGGCUGCGGGGCUGACGCUGCGUGACGCCGCGCUCGCCGAAGACGUGCUGCGCCUCCCUAACUAUGCGUUCAGCUGGGCGCUGGCGAAGCACUUCAUUGAACGCGAGGAGGCGCGUCAGCGCUCGGACGAGGUGAGCGGCUGUGCGGGCCUGCCGUCAAAGGUGCUCCGUGGGCUCACGGAUGCGCAGCGUGCUUCUCUGGCCGCCACCCCGUCCGCAGUGGAGCUGCUCUCGGCGGCCGUGCUGCGCUUUCCACAGGCGGCGGUGCGCCUGCUGGACGCGCUCGGUGGUGUCGACGUGGUGUGUGGCACCGAGGGAGCAACGCUCUCAUCGUCGUCCCAGGCAAGUGUGUGGCAGCAGCUCAUGGGGCAGGCAGACGGCCACCCUGACAGCGCUGCGGAUGCCGCCGUGCACAGCCGCCUGGCCGAUUUAUUCGUGGCCCGUCACGAGGAGCUGUGGAAGCUGAGCGAGUGUGUCUCGCUUCUGCGGCAUGUCGUGCGGCGUAUGCUCUCCGAGCCCGCCACGGACGUGCGUGCUUCCGACAGUGGUGACGGCAGUGAGGAAACCGCCAGCGAGCCGUCGUCUGUCACCUGUGGUGGUCAGUCACGCUACCGCAACAUCACCCGCGACUCCGUCAUGGGCGCGAGUGUGGCGCCGAUUCCUGCCGAUCUGCUCGAGCCUGACGCUGCGGAGCUGGCCAUGACACAGGAGGCCGCCGUGCUUGGUCUAGGGGUUGGUGAGGACGGCGCGCAGCCGCCCGCCGUGCAGCGAGUCAUGCAGAUGCUGCGGGGCAACCUUGAGACGUUCGGCGAGAACGAGUACGUGCGCAACCUGCUCGACGAGGUGCGUCGCGAGUUCCACGACCGCAUCUGGGGCGGCGCCCGCGAAGGGUCUGGAGACGACGAGACUGGCGGCGAGGAGCGCGACUGGUACGAUGUCGACGAGAGCGAAGACAAGGAGGAGCAAGAGUGGUACAGCGUCGCCAGCGGCGGGAGCGAGGACGCGGCUCCGGGCGAUGGUGACGAGGACGCCCAAGCGGCGCACCAGUGA